AUGGAAACCCGCCGUCAUUCUUCAGCCACCUCCGAGGAUAGAGAAAACACUCCGCCGCCGUCACAGCCGGCCAAGAGUACUAAAGGAGGCUGGAAAGCAAUCAAAUAUAUUAUUGGAAAUGAGUCAUUUGAAAAGUUGGCGUCGAUGAGUUUGGUUAUGAACAUGACUGUUUAUCUACGCUCGAAUUACAACAUGAGCGGCAUUUUUCUUGUGAAUGUGGUUUCGAUUUGGAUUGGUACAUGCAAUAUUUCGUCCCUAGCCGGUGCGUUCUUAUCAGAUGCUUAUAUUGGCAAAUUCCUUACUCUUCUUUACGGCUCCUUCGCAUCCCUUCUGGGUAUGGGUAUGAUGACAUUGACUGCAGGUGUACCAAAAUUUAAACCACCCAAAUGCAGCACCAAUCAUCUUAACUGUGUUCAGCCUGAAAACUGGCAACUCGGGCUGCUCUUCAUCGGGCUCGGCCUUUUAGCCUUAGGAGCUGGUGGUUUAAGGCCAUGCGGUAUUGCAUUUGGGGCUGAUCAAUUCGAUACCACCACACCCAAAGGCAAGAAACAACUCGAAAGCUUCUUCAACUUAUGGUAUCUAUCCUUUACUGUCGCUCUAAUCGUAGCUCUAACCGUAGUUGUCUACAUUCAAACAAACAUAAGUUGGGUUAUUGGUUUCGCAAUCCCUACGUUCUUUUUGUUUUCCUCUGUCACCAUUUUCUUGAUUGGCCGGCAUACGUAUGUAGUCAAGAAACCGGAAGGAAGUGUUUUCACUGAUAUCGUGCAAGUGAUCGUUGCUUCAAUACGAAAACGUAAAGUCCCAUAUGAUCAUAACAAAAAUUACUCAUUUUAUCAUCCUCAAAAUGAUGAUAAUCUAGAACAAAAGAAUGUGGCCCGAACACAGAGAUUUAAAUGCUUAGAGAAAGCAGCAAUGAUCGUUGACCCGAGUGAAGUCAAUGCAAAUGGUGUGGCUGAAAACAAGUGGAGAUUAUGCAGUGUACAACAAGUUGAAAACUUGAAAUGUGUAGUUGGAAUCUUGCCUAUUUGGGUUUCGGGUAUGGGUUGUAUGCUUGUGAUUGAUCAACAAAGCACAUUUGGGGUUCUUCAAGCAAUGCAAAUGACCCGAAAAAUUGGGCGCAAGUUCAUGAUCCCACCGGGCUGGAUGAGUGAAAUCUCGAUGAUCACUUUAUCGAUAUGGAUCUUUAUUUAUGAAGGGAUUUACAUACCUAAACUUAUGAAGCUUUUAAAAAGAGAUUCAAGGUUAACAAUGGUAAUGAGAAUUCGACUAGGUAUCAUUAUGUCCAUUUUUUGUAUGGUAACAGCCGCGCUUACAGAAAGAAAACGUCGCGAUUCAUCUUUGGAAAACGACACCUACAUUGCACCUAUACAUAUCUAUUGGUUGAUUCCUCAAUUCAUGCUUUCGGGUUUGACAGAAGCAUUUAACAGUGUAGCCAUUAUGGAGUUUUUCACUACACAAAUGCCCGAAAACAUGAGGACAGUUGCAAGUGCAAUAUUUUUCAUCACAUUAUCGAUCUCGAGCUAUUUAAGCUCGUUGAUUGUCAACAUUAUACAUAAGUUAACAAGAUCAAAUGGAAGGACCCCAUGGUUAGGUGGUCAUGAUCUUAACAAGAACAAGCUGGACUAUUACUAUUUUAUCAUAGCUGGUUUUGGGGUUUUGAAUAUGAUUUAUUUUACAUUUAUUGCUUCUAAAUAUGUUGCUCCGGCGAAAGUCAUCGCGGUGGAGAAGGAGUUGAGAACGGUUGAAGCUGGUGGCAGUGGAAGAAACCUGUCUGGGGGACACCGUGAAUUAUGAAGAAAAAAAAGAAAAAGGAAGAGUGUAUAUUUGUUACUUAUGGUUUAUAUUUCUUAGAAUGAGAGACUUUUGUAAUUUAUGUUUUCAUUAUU